UGACAGUGAUUUUGUGGCGCUACGGGUGCAUUUUAUAGAUAACCUGGAUCGCUUUCUUUUAGUUCUUUUCAACAUUUUUCAAAGCCUUUACCAUGGCACGAGGAGCUCAAGCCAAGCUGCGGCGUCGAAACCGCAAAGGGGACGAUGAGGAAGCAGUGAUUGACAUGUUUGGUCCCAAACAAGGCGGCGCCGAAGCCACAGGAACGAGCGAUUUCGACGAAAUUCCCAUGCCACCUGGACUCGCGAGCGGUACCACGUCCGAAUCUCCCGUCGAAGCUGACAACAGCGAAGAAGAAUCAAACCUGCCCAAAAAGAAGAAGAAAAAGAGUAAGCCGACGGCAAAAGAGCCGCUGGCCGGUACAGCCAGUAGCGCCGGUAGCACCAAUGGCAUUAAGCGUACCCCACUGAUCCUACUCAUUCUCAUGACGGGAACCACCCUUUUACCCGCCUUCAUCUAUGCUGGUGACUACUUGAGUACCUUUAUGGCCAAGAAUCAUAUCAUGGGACAAAUUGGUUUCCGGAUGGGCGUGGGCGCCGUUCCUCGCAAACGUGUCGUUUCCUUCUACGAAAAACACUCACCGGAAAAGCUAGAAGAGGUACCUAAUAUUCUUUCCAAGCACUAUGGUGACUAUCCCAAGCUUAUUCGAAAGCUCGAACGCAAAUACCAAGAUUACGGGUAUUUUUUGGGUUGGGAAGAAGACGAGGCCCCUAUGCGCUUGGCGCUGGAUCAGGUUCACGCAAUGUACGAAACGUGGGUAACCGACUACUGGAAUCGUUACGCACCGCAGCCCCUCAAGACGGCGGCCCGAAAUAUGCGGUACAAUUUCAGCUUUCUCUACAAAAAGCUGCGCAAAGCCUGGAAGAAGCAGGUGUGGCCGCAUCUGGAGCCGUUUUUGGGCGUGCCCGACAAGCGAGCGGCGGAGAAACAAAAGCGCAAAGAUGCGGCUGACGCCCGGAAGCGCCGUGCGGGAUCGUCAGCAGGUACAAGAAGAAAGAACACUGACUAUCGGGAUGAUGUGGAAGAAGAUUGA